AUUACAAGUACGAGGACACCAGCCAGGACGAUCUGCACGCAGAUGGUCUCAGCGCGCAUGCUCUUCGGCGUGGCGAUUCUCUUUGGCGCCUCGGCCAUGCCGCUCCGCUCCGCCGACGUCGACCCUCCGUUCCAGGUCUGCGACGACAUGUUCCCCGUUCUGGAAGGAGUCGGCCCGGAUCCCCUCCACGACCGUUGCCAUGCCAUGUGCGCCAACGUCACCACCGAGGAGCCAGACUCAGAGCAGGCGGCGAUCUGCCUUGAUCGCCACGACCACGAAUCCCCGAACUUGGGCGGCAUCUUCGUUUCGCAACGCCCAGGGGACGAGUCGAAGCAGCUCGAUAGCAAACACAAGCCCUACAUGCUUACCCCAUCGUUCUGCGGACCGCAUCAAAAGCGGACGGGUCUGCGCUGCGUUGCGGGCGGUCAGCUGGCGCCGGACACGGCGACUGCGAAGACCUUGCGCAACACGCUCCUCAACCCUCUGGUUGGACCAGUUGUCGAUGGUCUCCUCCUCAAACCGCCAUUCAGCCCGCUUGUUCUCAAGUCAAUCACACGGCGGGUGCACGAACGCCACCCAGGUCCGGUUCCGAUCCUGGGGGGGGCCGAGCUUGAGCUCAUUGAAGAUCCAGAGAAAUUCAACGCCUACGUGGAGCAAAGCUACAACGGGGAGAAGGGCCUCGUGUUGGGGCAGGACGAUGUGAUGCCACAGGAGCGCAUGGCAAACAUCUUCCAGAACACCUGGGCGGCGCAGUUCCUCACCUACGACGACGACAAGAGCACAUACACAUUCGCCUGCGACGACACGGUCAUCAGCACUGAACGGGACGGAGGAAAGCAACCGAUUCUCGACUCACUGCUCAAUCCCAAGUACGAUUUCAAGGAGCCUGAUUUUCGGAAGGAGGCGCUGCUUGCCGGGGGAGUGCGGAAAGGCCAGUGGCACUUCAAGAUGCACGAUGGAAAGCUGACGUUGUCGUCGGCCACUGACAACAUCAAUGGAGCCGCCCGCUACGAAAUGACGCACUGCUUGCACAACGCAAUCCAGUACUACCACACCGCGCUUCAUUUGGCUUCUGGCACCCAAUCCUUCGCCGCGAGAAACAUCUCAUCGGAUCGUCCCAACGGCGAUGCCGCCUGGCGCCUUCUCAACCCCGGCCGCAACCAAUCCUCCUUGCUCUACGAAGUCGCCGAAGUCCUCCUGACCCAGGCACCGGUCAUCUACACACGCGCCAUGACUAGCGAUGACCUCCUCAACAUGAAGACAAGGACGAUCCUGCCCAUGCUCGAGAGUCCGUGCAACGAACACGCAAAGCGCUACAUGCCACAUGGCGUCCCGCGAGCGGACGAGCGGUACUUCGCGGCUGCACUCGUGGAUGCGCAGAACAUUGUGUGCAACGAAACGUACCGGAUGAACCUUCCCCAAGCUGAUCUGGACUCCUACAAGCAGAAUCUCCACACACUGCAGUACCCGGACAACGACAGGAUUGCGUCUUACCACCCGGCUCAGACGGCUCGGUUGGUUGGCAUCGAACACACCUUCACGUUUUCUCUCAACUUGAUGUUUGGACUCGACCUGGAGGAGUGCCGCGGUAAGUACUGGUGCUGGGGACAGACGGCGGGCAACUUUGCGGUGGCGGGCCUCGUCACCGUGAUCGGCAAGCCUGUGCGGGACGAGUGCAUGCGCGAUGGGACCGACGAGAACGACGACGCCGACACCACUAGCGUGACAGCUGAGCUGCGGAAGAUCGCAGAGUUGCCCAACGUCCAACGCGCGGGGGACCCGAUGACGUAUGAGUACAAGACGCAGCUCAUUGACAUGGCAAGCGCCCUCGAGCACCGUUGGGCUAAAGUCCAAGCUCAGAACGAGAAGCGGAUGAUGGACAAGACGCUCCUCUCCAACUUCGACUUUGUCCUGGGCAAGGACGGCGACAGGGGCUUCUGCCAAACGUCGACCACGUGGGUCUAAAGCCGCGCCAGAUCACACCAUGCGCUGUUCUCCCGCGAUCGAUGGCGGCUUGGUGGACACACCUGUGGGAAGUGUCACACUCUGCUCGGCCGAUCGAUCCUCCCCCAGCCCCACACACACACUCGAUCGAUCACUGUGGGAACUGAUAGAAUAGAGGGUGUUUAAUAGAGGGUGUUUACUACGGCCUGUUGUGCACUAUGUUGAGUGAGUGUGAGUGUGUGUGUUGAGUGAGUUGAGAAUUGUUCAUUGCCAGCAAGUGUUUCUCGGAAGGCUGCC